GAAGUGAUUGUGUUUCGAGAAGUAAGGGCAAACUAGACCACAGACCGCGGAGCCGAGGAUUGCGUGAACUGAUUCAAGGUCGAAGUUCCAGAGAAAGACAACGGAUUCUACCCCUACCUCUAGAGGGUAGCAUUGUCGCAUGAACGUCCCCCUUUUCCCGGCACCGCCGGUGCGGGACAUCACAAUCCCGGUGCAAAGAGACAUCUUGAGCACCGUGACGUCUAGAGAGCCCCUUCCCCGAGAAUUUGCAUUGCGCAGGCGCCAUGUUUUGCUCGAAAGAACGAGACCGGUAUCAGCGAAUUGCGCACGAAAAAAACGCAAGCACCUUCGAAAAGAUCUUGUGCAUCCCCGCCAAGGAUCGAAGAAAAGUGGAAAAAGUUUACGACGACGCGUGACAGAAUUUUGUCUCACUAUGACAGAACAAAGAGAAAAAGAAGAGGAUGAGGACGAUGCUAACACCGUGUUUGCAGCAAGUUAGGAAAGAAAUGCGACCUGACCGAGUCUAAAUAGCCCCGGAUUCCGAAUCAGCGACUCCAUGCCGU